UGCGGCUGCGCAAACGUGACGUAGGGCGCGGGCCGGGGAGGGAGGGGGUGUUUUGGUUCUCGCGGCUCGCCGUCCUUUCCACACUCUGCUGUCGGAAAGCUUCUGGUUCCUGCCUCCCCUUCCCCUUCCCCUUCCCUUUUUCUUUUCCUGACCCCCGAUUCUCCUUCCCUCCUUUCUGUCCUUCUCCCGUUUCUUUUGCCGCCCCGGGUCCGGGCCAUUUUUCCGGGCCAGGCGCACUAAAGCGCGCGGCCCCGGGGCCCAGUGUAUGACCCGCCGUCCUGCUCCCGGUGGCUUCCCCCGCCCCAUGUGGCUGCGGGGUCGCUGCGGCGCUGCCCACUAUGGCCCGGAAAGCAGUUAGCAGGAAGCGGAAAGCGCCUGCCUCGCCAGGAGCUGGGAGCGACGCUCAAGGCCCGCAGUUUGGCUGGGAUCACUCGCUUCACAAAAGGAAAAGACUCCCUCCAGUGAAGAGAUCCUUAGUAUACUACCUGAAGAACCGGGAAGUCAGGCUACAGAAUGAAACCAACUACUCUCGAGUGUUACAUGGUUAUGCAGCACAGCAACUUCCCAGUCUACUGAAGGAGAGAGAGUUUCAUCUUGGGACCCUUAAUAAAGUGUUUGCUUCUCAAUGGUUGAAUCAUAGGCAAGUGGUAUGUGGCACAAAAUGCAACACGCUAUUUGUAGUGGAUGUCCAGACAAGCCGGAUCACCAAGAUCCCCAUUCUGAAAGACCGGGAACCUGGAGGUGUGACCCAGCAGGGCUGUGGUAUCCAUGCAAUUGAACUGAAUCCCUCUAGAACAUUGCUAGCCACUGGAGGGGACAACCCUAACAGUCUUGCCAUCUAUCGACUGCCUACACUAGAUCCUGUGUGUGUGGGUGAUGAUGGACACAAGGAUUGGAUCUUUUCCAUUGCAUGGAUCAACGAUACUAUGGCAGUGUCUGGCUCUCGAGAUGGUUCUAUGGGACUCUGGGAGGUGACAGAUGAUGUGUUGACCAAAAGUGAUGCAAGGCAUAAUGUGUCAAGAGUCCCUGUGUAUGCUCACAUCACUCACAAGGCCUUAAAGGACAUCCCCAAGGAGGACACAAACCCUGACAACUGCAAGGUCCGGGCUCUAGCCUUCAACAACAAGAACAAGGAACUGGGAGCAGUAUCUCUGGAUGGCUACUUUCAUCUCUGGAAGGCUGAAAAUACACUGUCUAAGCUCCUGUCCACCAAAUUGCCAUAUUGCCGUGAGAAUGUGUGCCUGGCCUAUGGCAGUGAGUGGUCGGUGUAUGCAGUGGGCUCUCAAGCUCAUGUCUCCUUCCUGGAUCCACGGCAGCCGUCAUACAAUGUCAAAUCUGUCUGCUCCAGGGAGCGAGGCAGUGGGAUCCGGUCAGUGAGCUUCUACGAACACAUCAUCACUGUGGGCACAGGGCAGGGCUCCCUGUUGUUCUAUGAUAUCCGAGCUCAGAGAUUUCUGGAAGAGAGACUCUCAGCUUGUUAUGGGUCCAAGCCCAGAUUAGCAGGGGAAAAUCUGAAACUAACCACUGGCAAAGGCUGGCUGAAUCAUGACGAAACCUGGAGGAAUUACUUUUCGGAUAUUGAUUUCUUCCCCAAUGCUGUUUACACCCACUGCUACGACUCGUCAGGAACGAAACUCUUUGUGGCAGGAGGUCCCCUCCCUUCAGGGCUCCAUGGAAACUAUGCUGGGCUCUGGAGUUAAUGACAACUAACUUUCUCCCAAAAUGCAGAUUUACACUAACUUCUACCCUCAGUUUCGUUUCUUCUUUUGAUUUUUUCCAGUGUAUAAGGUUUUCCUAUUUUAGUGGGAACACCAGUUUGCCUGUGGUUUAAGCACUCGAUAGGAAGAAGCUCUAUAUAGAAAUCCAAAGGGUGUUUUGUUGUGAUGGUAGUGGUUUUUUGUUUUUGUUUUCAUUUUUUCUUCUUUUUGUAAUCAGAAUUUUACUGUCAUUUUUUUUUCUGGUUCUCAACCAAACAUUGUUACAAAUCCCUACUUGUUUUUUUUUUUCAAGUGACACACACUCUCCCCUCUCUGGCUUCUUUAGGUUUAAAUGACAUAGUCAUUCUCACCUUACUUCACUCUUGAGAGGUAGGGCUCCUUUAUAAUUAUGUGGUAGCUGUCAGACUUUCUGUGAAAGUUUGGGAGCCUUGUGUGUGCGCGUGCGUGUAAAUUUGUGUGCCUGUGUGUCACUGAAAUUACCUGGAGUGAGGAUUACUUGUAAUUAAAAUAUUUAUAAAAGAGACAACUUUAUUCAGAGUCCAGCAUUGGGACUAGCUUGUGUCUUGUUUUUUUUAAAGUCUAACAACAUGAUUGUAGGAAGUAAAAACAAAAAGAGAAACAAAUCACCACUGAAAACACCUUUGAGUUAGAUUGCAGGCUGCCUGGGGCUUUCCAUGCCAGGACUCCGAAGUGAUCCAGAUCAACCUAUCUUCCCACAAGUGUGUCCCCCAAGUGAGAACACUCACUGUAUGUGUCCUGACCACUUCCCAAUCUCCCAUCUGCUUAGCCAGGAGCCACUUCUCUAAAUAUCUGGUAUAGCUCUGGAGGCUGCAGAAGGCUUCACAGGACUUAGUAGCGAAUCCCCUUCACAAUAUCCUUCUCCCUCCCCUCAAACAAGACUGGUCUGGCAGCUCAGGACUCUGGGGCUUGGUCUCUCAAGUCUGCUAAGGUUCCCAUACAUAGUUCCUUUGGCUUUGAGGAGAAACUUCUCGUUUGCCAUUCUUCCAGUCUCCCCAGUGGGUUUUGCUGCUGUUUUCUAAAUUGGGUUUAGUUUAGGGGGUGUGGGGAUCAGCAGGGGGUUUAUCUGUGUGUAAUGAGUGCUUCAUGUGUGGAAUAUUUGUUUUUUCAAUGCAGUGGGGCUUAGGGUUGAAGCCAUCUCUCCUACUCUUGGCUCAGCUCUGGGAUGACGAUAGGGUUGCCUGUAGCCAGCAUCAUUAUGUAUUUAACAGCAUUGAUGUAAUUAGUGAUUUUCCUGUUCCUUCCUUGAACUGUCUAGUUUAGUCUGAAGUUGUUAAACUUGCAGGUGACUAUGAUGUCCAGUUGUUCCCUGCUUUUUAUGCAUCAUGUUGAAGAAAACAGCUGUCCCCAUCCACAGUCUUCCUCUGAGCACAUACAAUCCUUCUCUGGCAACGUCCGCUUCUGGGGAAAGGAAGCCAUAUUACUCCUGUACCCCAAUUUCUUUGUUGCUCUCCCAGUCAUUCCCCUGUUCUCUAAGUGUAAAGAGAGUACCCGCAUUUUGAUGGUGGACGGCUGCUGGAGAGGGGAAAUAGCAAGCCCACCCUAACUCGGUACACAGCAUAUACCACAGGUUCUGGCUUCUCAUCUUUUAACCUAGAGAAAUAGGUGCUAUAAACAGGGAAUUAAGCAAAAUGCUGGAUGCUAUAAAUCUUUUGUCUUAAUUUUUUUUUCUAUUAAACUACAGGCUGUAGGUUUCUUAGUUCUCACAGAACUUCUGUCAUUUUAAACUGACUUGUAUAUUAAAAAAAAAAUCUUAAGUAGGAUGUUUUGUACUGUUGCCAGACCCUCUUCUGUAAUGGGUAAUGCAUUUGAUUGUUUGAGAUUUUUGUUUUUAAAAAUGUAGCACUUUUUGCCAAGGAAAAAAUAAAUAUUAUUCCAGU